UGUAACGUUCUCUUCACAGUGCGUGAAUGUGUGUGCGUGUGAACGCGCGUGAGCGCGUUUGUGUGUGUCAGCUGCCUCAUCUCGUGUGGAUGUCGACUUGCUGCCACCGGGCCUGACGUUGAAGUACGGAAUAAAAACAUCCACGCACACCCACGGAUCCCCAUUUUCCUUCGCCGUGACCCGUCCGGUCCUUUCCGAAACGAUGAGCCAGCCUCGACCGGACGAGUUCAAGCCACCUCCGGAGUGCCCAGUGUUUGAGCCCAGCUGGGAAGAAUUUGCAGACCCUUACGCAUUCAUCAAUAAGAUCCGUCCCAUCGCCGAGAAAACUGGCAUUUGCAAAGUCCGACCGCCUCAGGGUUGGCAGCCUCCAUUUGCUUGCGAUGUUGACAGGCUUCACUUUGUUCCUCGGAUCCAGAGGCUCAAUGAGCUGGAGGCUCAGACCAGAGUCAAACUCAACUUUUUGGACCAGAUUGCCAAAUUCUGGGAUUUGCAGGGAUGUUCCCUGAAGAUUCCCCAUGUGGAGAGAAAGAUUUUGGAUUUAUACCAAUUUAACAAGUUAGUAGCUGAAGAAGGCGGCUUCGAAGUAGUCUGUCAGGAAAGACGAUGGACCAAGAUUGCAAUGCAGAUGGGCUUCGCCCCUGGCAAAGCUGUUGGCUCACACCUGCGAGCACAUUAUGAAAAAACUCUCUAUCCGUACAACCUCUUUCAAAGUGGCGCAAACCUGCUGACACCAGAGGCAGCUUCCAAACUGAUGGGUUUGGAGGCUGAUCUUGAUCUCCAAAAGUGUGUUCAAAAGCCAGCCAACUCAGAGGAUAGUCCAGAAAGUAAGGAUCAGGUUGACACCAAGGAGGCAAAACUGCAGGAGCCACUUCAAAGGCAAGCCGUGCAGACACCUGAUUCUUGCCCCAACGCUCGCAGAGGAAAACGCAUGAAAUAUGAGUCGGUCUGUGUGAAGACUGAACCAGGGGAGCCAGGUGAAAAUCGGCCAAAUCUGAGGAGGAGGAUGGGCUCUUUUGUCGUCAAGCCAGAACCAGAGAAAGAAAUUCCUAUUCAAUUGAAACAGGAACCAGUUGAAGUCAAGGAACCAGUCAUUGAGGAGGAUAAAUUGAAACAACGCUACAAGAAGUACAUUGAACCUGUACCUCCAAAUCCGGUGGAUCUGGUGGUCUGUCUGGUUUGCGGCAGUGGGGGAGAUGAAGAUCGCUUGUUGCUAUGUGACGGUUGUGAUGACAGCUACCAUACAUUCUGCCUCAUCCCCCCUCUAAAUGACGUCCCCAAGGGAGACUGGAGGUGCCCCAAGUGUCUCGCUCAGGAAUGUAGCAAGCCUCAUGAAGCAUUUGGCUUUGAGCAAGCUUACAGAGACUACUCCCUUCGUGCUUUUGGGCAAAUGGCAGAUGCAUUCAAGUCAGAUUAUUUUAACAUGCCAGUCCAUAUGGUUCCUACAGAGCUAGUUGAAAAAGAGUUCUGGCGCUUGGUAGGAGCCAUCGAGGAGGAUGUUACUGUUGAGUAUGGAGCAGAUAUUGCUUCAAAGGAGUUUGGGAGCGGGUUUCCCAUUCCUAAUGGGAAAUUUAAGGUCGCUCCUGCUGAUGAGAAGUACCUCAAGUGCGGGUGGAACCUCAACAACAUGGCAAUGAUGAAUCCAUCCGUCCUCACACAUGUGACAGCUGACAUCUGCGGAAUGACUUUGCCGUGGCUUUAUGUUGGCAUGUGUUUCUCCUCUUUCUGUUGGCACAUCGAGGACCACUGGAGUUACUCCAUCAACUACCUACACUGGGGGGAACCCAAAACAUGGUAUGGAGCUCCCGGCUUUGCUGCAGAGCAGCUAGAGGAGGUGAUGAAGAAACUGGCCCCAGAACUGUUUGAAUCCCAGCCUGACCUACUGCACCAGUUGGUCACUAUUAUGAACCCUAAUACCCUCAUGGCCCACGGUGUCCCGAUUUAUAGAACCAAUCAAUGUGCUGGCGAGUUUGUGGUCACGUUUCCCAGAGCUUAUCACAGUGGCUUCAAUCAAGGCUUCAAUUUUGCAGAGGCAGUCAACUUCUGCACUGUUGAUUGGAUGUCUCUAGGUAGACAAUGCGUCAAUCACUAUCGCAUGCUUCACCGAUAUAACGUCUUCUCCCAUGACGAGAUGGUGUGCAACAUGGCAGCCAAAGCUGACACCCUCGAUGUGGUCCUGGCCUCUGCUGUCCACAAGGACAUGGCCGUCAUGAUCCUGGAGGAGCAGGAACUGAGAGAAAAAGUGUCCAAAAUGGGGUUAGUGCAGUGGCGGGAGGCAAAAUACGAUCAUCUCCAGGAUGACGAGCGACAGUGUGCUAAGUGCCGGACGACCUGUUACCUCUCUGCCAUCACAUGUCCCUGUAGCCCAGGAGUGCUGGUCUGUCUGCAUCACAUCAGCGACCUGUGUUCUUGCCCAAUCGCCGAAUACACACUGAAUUACAGAUACAAACUGGAGGACCUGUUACCCAUGAUGAAUGCCUCGAAGCAGCGUGCUGAGCAGUAUGAUGCGUGGGCCUCUCGCGUGUCAGAGACUCUGGAAGCGAAACUGGAAAAGAAGAAAAGCCUGCCAGUUUUUCGCUCUCUUCUUGCUGAGUCGGAGGCCAAACGCUUCCCUGAAAACGACCUGUUGCGUCGACUGCGUUUGGUCACCCAAGAUGGAGAGAAAUGCUCCUCAGUGGCACAGCAGCUAUUAAACGGAAAAAGACAGACCAGGUUUCAAUGUGGCAUGGGGAAAUCCCGCAGCCAGUUGACCGUGGAGGAGCUGAGUUCCUUUGUAAGGCAGCUGUACAACCUCUCCUGUAGCCUGCCUCAAGCCCCCUUGUUGAAGGAGCUUUUGAACCGCAUUGAAGACUUCCAGCAACACAGCGAGAAAGUUUUGGCGGAAGAGGCUCCGAGCUUGGCCGAGAUCCAAAGCCUGUUAGAUGUCAGUUUUGAUUUUGACGUGGAGCUGCCCGAACUGCCGCGCUUAAGGGAGCGGCUCGAACAGGCACGCUGGCUGGAGGGGGUGGAGCAAGCCAGCACCCAGCCGGCCACCUUGACUUUGGAAACCAUGCGGAGGCUCAUCGACCAGGGCGUGGGCCUGUCGCCGCACUCAUCUGUGGAGAAAGCCAUGGCCCGACUUCAAGAGCUCCUGACAGUUUCUGAGCACUGGGAGGACAAGGCGAGCACUCUUCUGAAAGCCAGGCCCCCUCACUCUAUUGAGACCCUGAGUGCAGCUGCAGAGGAAGUGUCUGGCAUCUCCUCCCACCUCCCGAACUGCCUCCUCCUGAAAGACACCAUCAGGAAAGCUCUCGAGUGGCUUCAGGAAGCCGAUGAGCUUGAGGCUAACGACUCUAUUCUUAUGAUGGACAAUUUAUUGGAUAUGGUGCUACGAGGACAAGCCAUUCAAGUCCACCUUGAGCCCUUAGACAAACUGGAGUCUUUAUUGGCAGAAGUGCAAGACUGGAAAGAAUCGGCCGCUUCAAUUUUCCUUCAGAAAGAUGUGGCCAAUUCCUUACUUGAGACCCUAUGUCCAAGAUGUGAAGUUGGAAAAGAAGGUUCUCCCAAGAGAAAGGCCAAGAAAGGAAAGGAAUCGCCAAAAAAUAACAAAAAGAAAACUCUGAGGCUCAGCACUGUCAGUGAUGUGGAGAAAGCACUUUCAGAAGCCAAGGAUUCUGUCUCCGUUAAUGCAACUCUUGAGGCGCUGCGGGCCAGGGAAAUGGAGGCCUUCAGUCAGCUGAGAGUGGCAAAUGAGUCGAAGCUCCUGCCAACCGCAGACUGCACCGACCUGAAGGUGUGUGUGUGUCAGAAGGCGCUAAUGGGGGCCAUGUUGCAGUGCGAGCUCUGCAGGGAUGCCUUCCACAGCGUAUGCGUCAGGGACCAAUCGGACCUCGGUGAUCCAUCGCCUUGGCUUUGUCCCCGCUGUCGGCGAUCCAGGAAACCGCCACUGAACAAAGUUCAACCCCUGCUCGUGUCCCUGAGGCGAAUCAGGGUUCGACUGCCAGAAGGCGACGCGCUGCACUACUUAGUUGAGAGGACGCUUAACUGGCAGCACAAUGCACAGCAGAUUCUUCAGUCCUGUCUUAUGACAGAACUGGAAAUUGGGGCUGAAACGCCUCCCACUCUAACCCGUUUUGCAUCAGACUCUUGCGACAACUACAGCAACACUCAGGCCCCUUGUUUGACUCCAGAGUGGAACAGGACAAAUCACGCCCAGACCGUCUUCUAUACUGAACAGAGAUGCAUUCCGCUGCAGGGGUUGAAUCAGGACCUGGAGGAGCUGAUGGUGGAAGGUCUCCUCCUGCAAGUGUCACUGCCAGAAGUUCAGGCACUGCACCGCCUUUUAUUGGACAGAGCCACGAGCCAGCUCACAAAUUCGUGCAUGUCUCCGGCACAGGACGAUUCCUUAGACAGCGAUAAACACUUUCACUUUCACUCUCAGGGAAAAAACCUCAACCAGGAUACUAAAGUGAGGGAAGCGCUUACAGCCUCAGAGAAGAAAGCAAAAAGGCAUUUAGAGAGGGACACUUUCAAUGGGGAACACUGGGCGAGGGAAACAAAGCACUCUCACAAAAGACAGAAGAUUAAUCAAAAGGAGUUACAGCGGAGACCAGCCUCAAACUUGUCUUCUCCGCGUUCAGACAUCUCACAGUCCGACGAGUCCGAUGAUGACAUGGCUGUGUGUCCCGCAGAGAGGUGUCAGCUCCCCGAGGGAGACGAGGUGGACUGGGUUCAGUGUGACGGCAGCUGCAACCAAUGGUUUCACCAAAUGUGUGUUGGCGUCACAGCAGAGAUGGCGGAAAAGGAGGACUACAUUUGUGUCCGAUGCACGCUGAGCAACGCGCACAUGAUAAAAUGAAGAGAUUUGUCUGUUGUUGUUUGGGCGCCAACAGUCUCGCCGUCACUUUCACCCCCCGUUUGUCCAAACCUUUUGUAACGAUGGUGCUAUCUUCUCUUUCACUUGUUGUCCAGAACUAUACUGUGUAGUUAUUUUUUGUAUUUUUACAUGCAUAUUAUAUAUAUAUAUAUUUACUUCCCUUGAAUUGUUUGUGGUGGGUACAAUGGGGGAACAAACGAGCAGGAUGUGAUGUGUACUGCAUGGGAUGCCGUUACAUAAGCGCAAAGGAGUCUUACUUCAAACACAACCAGUAGAGGUUAAAUCAGGGGUUAAUAUUCUCUUCUCUCCAGCCUCAUUGCAUGCAUAAGAUUUAUUGAGAUUGGAGUCAAACUUUUAUCCUCCCGCCAUGCCCCUUUUUACCCCAGUGUUUAGUAUGUGCAUCUUUCAUAAUUAUUGCCAUUUUUGUAGAAUAGUUUUAUUUAUCUGAGCAAUAAUUUCUGUCCAAAUUGGCAAAUAGAUUUCCGGUGACUUGUUGCUGCCGUAGCAAUGGUGAUGUACAGAGGUGGAUGGCUGGCAGCUACACUAACGGGUUGAAAGAAAAAGACUGCUCACAUGUACAAAUGGCAGCAUGUAAUUUGGUAUAGGAUACUCAGUGUGGACUUGGCAUAGUUUAUAUUGUGGAAUAAAUUCAUUUUGUUCUAUGGAGUCUGUUUUUCACACCUUCACGUGUUGUAGCGUGACAAAAACU